AUGAAGCGUGGCGGUAACGCACUGUCCCAUGACCCAGGCAUCCCUGCUGCCGCCCAGCACCCUGAUGUUGUGAAGGUCACUCUGCAAGACUGCCUGGCGUGCAGUGGCUGCGUGACGACCGCGGAAACAGUGCUGGUCAACGCGCAGAGCCGCCAUGAGAUUGUGUCUGCCCUCCUUACAUCGCCCUCAUCAACAUCAUCGUCAGCGACAGGGAUGGGGAGUGCCUAUCGUCCUCGGCUCGUGAGCAUCAGCACGCAGUCGUGCGCCUCCCUCGCCGCGCACCUUCAGAUGCCCGUGGCUACCGUGUACGAGUUGGUGGCAGGCUUUGUGCGGACAGCGCUUACGACAGCUGCGCUGCAGGAGGCACAGCGGAAUUCCGCGAUUGCCGCUGCUGGGCCGCUGCCUGCGGUCACGGGGAACGCCAAAGAGACGAAACUGAGCGGGGAGAUGAGCGGCGCCCCGCAGACAGCCGCGCCAGAUGCCGCCACGACAGCCUUCCCCAACUCGGAACCGGCAAUCUUUGUGAUAGACCUUGAGUGGGCAGAGCAGCUGUCCGCGGAGCUGACGGCGCAGGAGUACGACCGUCGUCGUCGCGGUGGCGGCAAUGCCGAGGUUGGGCCACUUCCGCUGAUCGUCUCUGCAUGUCCAGGUUGGGUAUGCUACUGUGAGAAGCAAGGCUCAGCGCUGCUGCCGCACCUCUGCCCUGUCAUGUCCGCUCAGGGUAUCGCCGGCAGCUACGCAAAGCGCACCGUUGCCGCAGACCUCUACCACGUGUCGAUUCAGCCCUGCUUUGACCGAAAGCUCGAGGCAGCGCGGGACUCGAUGGCAUUGGCGACAGCGCCGCUCACCGAAAAGGUGGACACGCAGGUCUUCUACACGGACUGUGUUCUAAGCACCGCCGAGUUGCUGGAGUGGAUGAAAGAGGUGGACCCGACGCUGCCGUGGCGGGGGCAGCUGGACACAGACAUCACCACGACCGCCGCCGCCGCCUUGGCUGGCGACAACUGCACAGGCUACCCGGCCCAGCAGCCCACACAGUUGAACGAAGAAGAAUUGUCCGCAUCAGCACCGCCACCCUCGGCCCCUGCUGUCUUCGCACUCGCCCACGAUGCAACAAGGUUCGCCGGCAGUGGGGGCUACCAUCAAUCAGUCAUCGCCCAUCGCCUGCAGGCGGAAAGGGCAGCAACGCUGCCGCCCUCGUUGUCAUCAUCGCCAAACACGUCCACCACCAUCACGUACGAAGUGAGGCGCAACCGCAAUCAUCAGCUCGCCACCUGCGCCGCCCUGCCGGGUGAGGUGUUCUGCAUCGGGUAUGGCUUCCAACAAAUCCAAAACGUGGUGCGCGGCCUCAAGAAGCGCAUGCCUGCGAUGCGCAGUUACACCUUCAUCGAGCUCAUGGCAUGCCCAGAUGGGUGCUUGAACGGCGGUGGGCAGGUGAGACCGACGCAGCAGCCCCACACGGAGACCCUGGACAUCGUCUUGGAUGCCUACGCGAGGCACAUCGAGGUGAGUCGCGGGAGGAGCAACCUUCCCGCAGCCACAGCUGCUACCCCUUCGGGAUCGGCACUCGCCUGUGUGUCUGCCAGCCCAUACUGUGACGGCGGCGACGAGCAAGCUGAGAACGGAGAGAACGCCAUGAAGGCUCAGCGACCUCGCAUUGAGGCAGCACAGCAGCCCUUCGCCAAUGCCACCAUCGCUGCCACAGCCCCCUCGCUGGGGGACGCGCUGUGGCGUUGCACCUUUCGCGACCGCGAAAAAGAGUUUGCCGAGAUGCUGAACGACGGCAACGUGCACAGCUUAAAGUGGUGA